AAGAGAUUAUCUCUAAUAAGAGUCCUUUAUUUGCCUCUAAAUUCUGGAAGAAUUUACUUGAGACACUAGGCACUCAAGCUAAUUUAUCAUUAGCUUAUUACCCUCAGUCAAAUGACAAUUGGGUAGACUUACUCUUAUUAGCAAAAUUUACAUACAAUAAUUCAAUCCAUGCUUCUAUGAAAACCUCACCUUUUUUUGCCAAUUACAGUUUUCACUUACACUUCAAUCUCCAAGUACCCUUUUAUUCUUCAGUUCCAUCUGUCAAAAACAAAGCAACCCAAUUACAACAAAUAAAAGAGACUCUUACUGAUAAACUAAAGAUCGCACAAGAGUAUUACAAAAAGAAUGCAGACUGUUUUUACAUAAGGGUUUUAAUUUCAAAAUUGGUGACAAGAAAAGUGGUUGAUUUACCACCAUCUGUAAUUAUCAAUGAAGAAUAUGA